UGCAACGUGCACGCGCAGGCGUGGCUCACGCUCGUUUCCGCCACCCCUCCCCCUAGCGCGUUCACGCGAAGUAAUUCAUUGUAUCGGAUUGAAACGAGGGUUAUCGACGAAGCACCAUUGCCCUGGGAAAACGACUACUAGCCAUCUAAACAACAGGCAUGGCAGCGAUUCGUAAGAAGCUGGUGAUCGUGGGUGAUGGUGCCUGUGGGAAGACCUGUCUGUUGAUAGUCUUCAGCAAAGACCAGUUCCCCGAGGUCUACGUACCCACUGUCUUUGAGAACUAUGUGGCUGACAUUGAGGUGGACAGCAAGCAGGUGGAGCUGGCUCUGUGGGAUACAGCUGGCCAAGAGGACUACGACAGGCUUCGCCCCCUCUCCUACCCCGACACUGACGUCAUCCUCAUGUGCUUCUCCAUUGACAGCCCAGACAGUUUGGAGAACAUUCCAGAGAAAUGGACCCCCGAGGUCAAACACUUCUGUCCCAACGUUCCCAUCAUCCUCGUAGGCAACAAGAAGGACCUGCGCAAUGAUGAACACACACGUCGCGAGUUGGCCAAGAUGAAACAGGAGCCAGUGAAGCCAGAGGAGGGCCGCGACAUGGCCAACAGGAUUGGAGCGUUCGGCUACAUGGAGUGCUCAGCCAAGUCGAAGGAUGGGGUGCGGGAGGUGUUUGAGAUGGCCACCAGGGCGGCGCUACAGGCCCGGAGGGGCAAGAAGAGCAAUAAAUGUCUCCUGCUGUAGAGUGCAUGACAGGACCAUGUACCAGGGGCUCUGGCAAGUGUGUGGUUGGAGAAGCACCCGUUUACAUCCCACCAAAUCCCUGACCCCCUCCUCCACCCCCUCACACUCGCCGGCCGCUGGAGCUUUUCUCCUUGCUUUGGGAGAUGAUCCCUGAACGUAGGUUUUUUUUUCUUCUAGUUUUUAUUUUAUUUUUACUCAUUUUUAAAAAGUAAUGGAAAACAUUUAUCAGUAUUUAAAUUGGAGGUGAGGGGAGAACCCGGGACUGCUUUUUGUUUUAAAAUGCUUUACCUUGAAAUCUUUCACCUUCCAAAUGCUGUUGUUGGGCCUGUCGGGAGAAGGGCUGGCCUCGGGACUGCCAGUUAAGUGCUCUGCCUGCCUGGACUCUGUGUUGGCUGCUUUCAGUUUGUUUGGAACACAAACAGGGCUGAUAACUGCUUUAAAUUGUAGUCUCUGUUAUGUACAAAUCAUUCUUAGUUUUUGGAUGUGAAACCGUAAAGUAAGUGUUGAAACAAAUAAACAGGAAAACAUGAUGUAUGCAAAUCUGUAAAUAUAAGGCAUGGGUAUAUUCAUAUGUACACACGUACAUAACUGGAAACUGUAUUUUUAAACUAGCCUUAGUUACAUUGUGUAAUAAAUUACAUUCUUUAACACA